AUGCCUACACCACCACCCACAGCAGCAGCAGCAGCAGCAGCUACUGCUGCUUCCUCAUCACGCCAGGCCUUGUCAAGCAAGCGGCUGCGCAGUGACGCGACGAAUGACACGUCGUCCGGCCCACAUACAACGCUGCCGCUCGCAACGGUGCGUGACUUGGCGAGCGCAGGGAUUAACACCAACGCCAUCCCUCGAGAUAACGACCUCUCAAAUAGCGACGUUGUCAACAUGAUGACGGCAUGGCUCUUCUUCGAUGAGCCGGUGGUAGACAACGCGGGAGGUUCACAGCCGCGAAUGUUGGCGUCUCCCAACGCAGGCGAGGCAUCUCUGCGCGCAUCAGCACAAAAAGGUGUUGAGAGCCGCACAUCGCAACUGCAGCGAAACUCACAAAACUCACCAUCGCCGCGGAUCUCCACCAACACUGCUACUACUAGUGCUAGUAGUAACACUAAUACUGGCUCAUCCAGGCCUGAGGCGUGCGUGAGGGAGAAGGCACCACACCGUACGGAUGACAUGAAUCCUGCAGUCGCAGCAUUGGCAAGUGCGACGCGUGUGCCGACGCUACCGCUACAGCCACGGCGUCGACCCCUGUUCCACGCCGGCACGUGGCACAACGACAGCGAAGAGGACGUGGUCGACGCCGCCGCCGCCGCGACUGCUGCCAGGCCGUUCUCAAAGGCGCUUGGGCCUGCUGCUUCUGCUACCACUGGUGCCGCCGCCCAAUCCCCAGUGUCAGAUGCUGCAGGUGGAGAGACGAGCAGAGUCGCCGAGGCUGACGACAGUGACGAAUAUGACUAUGAAGAUGGCGAGGAGGACCUGCUGGAGGGUUUCUACCCCGAGGAAUAUGGACAGUGUGCACCACGGCAGUCGCCAAACAGCAUCGUGUUUAUAUUGACGGCGGAGGACAGCUUCAGCAGCAGCGAUAACGGUUUGACGGACUCGAAGGGUGCGAUGAGGGCGCGGGGGAAAGACUUGUGGGCGCCGCGGAAGCCCCGCGUGCUGCGACGGUCGACGCCGCUCCCGUUAACGCCGCACAACAACAAGCCGGUGCAAUGCCGUUACACGUCAUCUCCCAGACUGCAGGACAACGCCCUGCAGAGCAUAGAGGGCCCGCAUGAGCAGCCACAGCUGCAACUGGUGAGGGGUCGCAGCUCGGCCACCGUGGACAGCGCCAGACAGCUGGAGCUCUUGCGGAUAUACCGCCCCACCUCCAGCAAGUACGCGCCGGACCCAAGCAAGAUGCAACGCCCAGUAGGAAACACCUUCGGUCUGCGUCGUCAUCGGAGGGCCAAUAACGCCGACGCCGCAGCCCUUGUAUAUGGUGGUGCCGGUGCUGCAGCUGCUGCUGGUAAAGCCGGCGACGCAGAAUGCGAUGAUGAUGAUGAUGAGGAGUGGGAGGAGGAUGAGGAAUGGGUAUGGGAGGAGGUUGAAGUGGAAGAGUGUAGUGAUGAUGAUGAUGAUGAUGGGGACGGUGCUGAGGGUGAAGGUGAUGUCUCGCAAAGCUUAGAGUACUAA